CCAAUAGCUCACUGUUUAGUAGGACUUCAGAGUUUACAAAGCAACAGCUAUGUGAGGCUGGUGUAGACCGUUUCAAACGAGGAAACGGAGGUGAAAUGACCUGUUCACAGGUCUAGCAAACUCCAGAGCACGGAGUGGAAGUCGAAUCCCAUUCCGUGGACGCUGCUCCUACCGAGGGAGGCUCAGUUGUCUGAAACUCAACAAAAGUUCUCGAUGAAUUCUCCUUACAGAGUGUCACGAGCAAACCGCAACUUGAAGAGAAAGCACGCGGGGGAGUUCUGGGGAAGUCUUCCUGCCCCCGGAGAUGCUCACAAUUGAGGCCAAAUUAAAAGGUGUACAUAAAUAAAAAGGGCAAAACCUCCGCUCCCUGGCUCAGAGCCCCAUCCCCACCUGUCCAGUGGCAGGAGGUGCCUGUUCUGAGGCCGGUCCCAGGGGGCCUACCCGAGCUGCGAGGGCGCAGAAGUUACGGGGAAAGGGGCCAAGGGGCGCAGCAAAGCACGCCCCACUGGAGGGCAGCUGGCCGCCUGCGACCUCUAGAACUCUAGGACCGGACAGCGGGGGCUGGUGGCUCAGAGAGCUGCAGGGACCUGGAGAGGAGGGCGGCGGGAGGGGAGUGGGCGGGCAGCCCCUCCCUGGGAUGACGUUCCUCCAGCCCUGGGGUUCCGCAGCCGGUCUAUCCGCUCUCUGCCUCCUCGUCCCUCCCCGCCGGGGCCGAAAGGACGGCGGCGCCUCCCGGAGUUUCCUGUCCCUAGGGUUCUCUCCAGCCCGCGGCCGGCCGGGAUGCAGCCCGGGUAAUUGGGGAGCAGGCUCCCUUCCCACUUAGAACGAUGCUGGGCAGCAGAAGGGAGCCAGGUCGGAGUCCUGGGUAGCAGGAGAAACAGGGAAGAGGGGAGGGAAGGAAGGGUCCGGAGAAGAGGUUCCAGGCGCCAGGAGGAGCGAUGGAGCCGGGGCCCGUGGACGCCUGGGACCCGUACCGCCGCCCGGCUCGCCGUACGCAGUGGCUGGUCAGUGCCCUGGCCCAUCACUACCGUCUAGACCGAGGCGUGGAAAACGAGAUCGUGGUGCUGGCCACCGGGCUGGACCAGUACCUGCAGGAGGUCUUCCACCACCUGGACUGCAAAGGAGACGGCCGCCUGCCCGGGGAGGACUUUCGUGUGCUGUGCAGGGUGCUGGGGCUACGGCCUGGGGCUGGUCUAGGCGCUGAGGGGGGAUGCAGCGAGGAAGAGGAGGACGAAGAGGAGCGCGCCGCGCUCUGGGACGACCUGGCCCCGGAGCUCACCUUUCGCCAAUUCCACGCCCGCCUCUGUGGCUACUUCAGCACCCGAGCCGGGGCACGGGAGGGUCCGGAGGGGAGCCGGCUGCCGGUGGGGCCUGAGAGUGAGCACAUCGAGACCCAGAUCCGGCUGCGCAGCCCCCUGCGCCGGCGCCGGGAGCGGCCCGGGGCGUCUGCUGUCCCGGCUGCGUCCGGGCGUACAAGGAGCUCCCCUCCAGCCACAGCAGUCUCCUGCACGGGCUCUGCGGGCUGUUCGAGGGAGUGCUACGAGGAGGUAGUGGCCCUGGAGCAGGCGGAGGACCGGGUUGCCAAGCUGGAGGAGGAGAACGCCAGCCUUCGGGAGCUGGUGGAAGACAUGAGAGCCGCCCUCCAGAGCAGCGACGCACGCUGCCUGGCACUGCAGGUGGGACUCUGGAAGAGCCAUGCCAGUCACAAGCAAGAUGGCAACUGCUUUCCUGGGCCCAGGAUGCUGUCAGGCCAUGGGACCCCCCAGCCCACCAAAGACCUACAGAGCAUGCUAAAGGAAGUGGAGCUGAUCCGGAGCUCCAGGGAUGGUCAGAUCGAAGAGGCGAUUCAAGUGAAUCAGGAAUUGGCCAAGGAGUUAAGGCAGUGCCAGGAGGCCCUGGCGGCCUCUGAGGACUGUAACCGCCACCUCAAGAAGGAGCAGGCAGAAAUGAGGAAGAAAGUGGAAGAGGCCAGGCAGGCAGUACUGAGCGGCCUGGGGAAAGUGAGGGAGCUGGAAGCCCAAGCCACCCAAGUCCUACAUCUACAGAUGUGCGUCCAGCAGCUGGAAUUAGAGCUACAGUAUUACAGGUCAGAGAUCAGGAAACUACCAAGCCCGCUGAAUGACCAGAAAAUGCCACGAGAAGAUGGUGAGUCAGAAACUGGAAGAGCUUCCUGUCCUGGGCAGCCGGACGGAAUCUCUCCCCCUGAAGGGGCAGCGGCUGCAGAAGAUGGUAUGAGCUGCAGAUAUGCUGACGAAGGAGGUGAGCAGCUGUUCCGCUCCGUGGAGGGUCAGGCAGCCUCCGAUGAAGAGGAGGAAAAGUGGCCGGGGGAGCAGCAGACUCAGGUGGCCGAAGUGAAAAGGCUACUGGCCCGUAUUUCGAGCUGUGGGAGCGGAUGUGAUGACAAAACAGCAAAGAAGCUCAUGUCUUACUUCGGCCACUUUGGCAGUGAUGAACACACCAGCGCCCUGGGGGAGCUGGGAGAGCAGAUUGUCACCCUGACGGAGCAGCUGGGCAACAUGGGGCAAGACGUGAAGGUGCUUGACACUGGGGAUCAGGAGGGACAGCUCUUUGGGACAGGAAUGAGGAGACAUUUGGAAAAGAAGGUGAAGGAGCCACUUCUUCUCAGUGAAAUUCAGCAGAAGGCUGAGGAGAGUGAGCUUCUGAAGAUGGAGUUACAGAUGCUUGAGACGGAGCGAGUUCGGCUCUCCCUGGUGGAAGAAAAGCUGAUGGAUGUCCUUCAUCUUCUCCAGAGGCUUCGGGAUUUGAACAUAUCAAAAAGAGUCUUGGGGAAAAUGUUGCUGAACACCUUGGAAUCCUGUCAGGACCCCCAACAUGAAUUCAAGUGGGUUCCUGGGGAUGAUUUGGAUGGCUCAGGCUCUCAAAGAAUCUUCCCAGAGAAGUUUCAACUGAUGCCUAGAUGUUUUCCCCACAAAUUUCACAGAAUUGCCGAUUUCAGAGUUGGAAGAGAAUUCAUCAACCAUCUAGACCAAUCCAUAGCCACAAAAGAACCCCAGCUACAGCUCUACUGUAUCACAUAUUUGACCUGAGAACUCAGAUGCUCCAAUAAUUAACACUUGAUCUCUCCAAAGAAGAAACAUUCAAAGCAAUCCUGCUGACUUUAGAGAUGAGUUUAGUGGAUUCGGUUAAGACUUUGGUCAAGUCAUGCCUUGGUUUCUUUAUUUGUAACAUGAAAGGGUCAGACCAGGUCCUAUCUCUCUUCACUUUCUCUCCAUGGUUCCUACCAGCUUCAAACCAAGGCUAUUCUGAGAUCCAGCUCUCAGUCUACAAUCCUAUGAUCCCCACUUCCUCCAAAAGAGGUUAUAGCUUCCCAUUUUGCCCUCAUAUGUAGGCAGACCAUGGAAUGAGUAAAUAUUACCACAUUGAAAACAGAAAUGUAGAUAUAACUGUAGUGAGACCAUGGACCUACUCCCCCAACAUAUAUGCACACUGGCAGGUGGGGUUCCCAGAGCAUGGCUAACUACAUCUCUCCCUCAGGGUCCUGGGUACCCCCUAGGGGCAUAGAAGUCUUCUAAUGCUAUUGGAUUGAGCUCCCACCCAAUGUGUUCCACCCGGUAUCAUCACCAGUGAUUAGUGAUCAUUUUACCCUUGUAUUGAUACCUCCUCAACAUCACCAAUAAGCAAUUAAUAUCAAUUAGCUUUUAUAAAGGGAUAUAUACUGAGAAGAUAGAGCAAGCACAAAAGAAUAAACACAUUACCCUGAAUCAAGGCACACUAUCCCCUCUGCCACUUUGGGCUCUGGGUGAGUUCAAGCUCAAAGUGACUGUUACUAAAAAGUCUCUCUAGAAGUUGACUUCUGGGUGUGACACAGCCCUGGAAAAUACACUCCCCUGCCUGCAAGAAAUGGCAUGUCGGCCGCCAGGUAGAUUCACUGCUGGGCUGGCUUACACAGGUUGUUCUUGGAGCUGCAUUUGUAUUGGCUGUGGCCUUUGUGGCAGUCUCCCCCUCUCUACACAUUUGGUGGCUCCUCCAACCCUUUGAAGGCCACAAGAUCACAGCCUGGUCCACUCCAUCUCAAUACUCAUUCCCCUAAAAGCAAAGAGGAACAAAGACACAAAGGUGUCGUGUGUUCUUGGCUUUGCGGCCACCCAGAUAGGAAGGAAGAUGGCACCAGCAGCCAUUCUUGACUUGAUCACCACCAUGAAAGUAAGUCAUUGUUCUGUUGACUUUUCUAUUCACCCACUAGUUUUAGCUCAGCAGCCAAUUAAAACGUCUUCACUACAUUUACAUUACAACUAUAGUUGUAAUAGAAUCAAUAUCUACCAACAUUCCCCCAAAACUGUAUUAGCCUUCAAAUCCAGCCUCAGACUCAUAAUACUUACUAGCUGUGUGACCCUGGGAAAGUCACUUAACCCCAUUGCCUAGCCAAAAAAAAACUGUAUUAGCCCAUGCCUCCUACCCUGAUAUGAGAGAGAUUAGCUUUCCCCAGAACCUUAUUGCUUCAUGCUUCUUUCCCCACCACCUCCAAUAUGGGGUAACCUCAAGUCUCUCCUAUGACAGGGAUUAGCUUUCCCUAAAAGAAGUCCAAGCUAUCCACAGGACCUAAUUGACUCAACUUGCCUGACUCAGCUUCCUGGUCACCCAAGGGCAUAAAAGUCUCAGCCACGUGAGGCUCCUCAAACUAGGUGAGUGCCUGAAACCAUGAGAGUCUCCAUACUCUGCUGACCAGAUGCAUUUCCAUAAGGAGGUGAGGGAAGCUAUGCAUACUAAAGAUGAAGAUAAGUUCCACUGGAUCUUUGCUGUGUUAGGGCAAAGUAAACUUCCUUUUUUAUUAACUGUUCAGUGACUUCCUAGUGCCUCGUUUCAUCCCAAAAUCAAACCUGAAUUAAGAGAGUCCUGGUGUUAGAUACCUCAGCCCCUUUUACAACAGGAAUCAGAAAUUAAAUAGUCACAGAAUGCCUAUGCAUGCUCUUAACUGGGGACAGAAUCUCUCCUUUACAUGUCAUCAUUCACUUCCAGAAGCAUGCUCACCAAACUUCCCAUAUGGGUUGACAGCAGGCAGAGCAAAACUGCUCAUUCACUGCAGAUUUCCACCCCCAUACACACUAGCUCCCAUCACUAGUUAAAUGGCAAAAAAUGGAGAACACCUAUAUGUAAAUAAACUAUGAAAGACCAGACAAUAUCUAGGACAGGGAUUCUUAAUCUUUUUUGUGUUAUGAACCCCUCUGGCAACCUUUGGGGAAGCCUAUAGACCCCUUCUCAGAAUAAUGUUUUUAAAUGCAUAAAAAAAUACGUAGGAUCACAAAGCAAAUCAGUACUAUUGAAAUAAAGUUAGAAUUUUCCCCAUCCAUGUUUAUGGAUGUCCCCCCGCCUGAAUCUAUGAAAUUAAGAAUCAGUGGUUCCUAGUGGGUUCUAGGAUAAUUUGAAAGAUUUGGGAAGGAUAAUUGUUCUGUGAAGUAAUGCAUGAAUUAAGUUCACCUUUCUCAGA